AUGCAACAGGGACUGCAACUGCGACUGCAACUGUUGGUUGGUCCCUGUUGGUGGUCCCUUGCAUCUACAUCGGCAAUGACGGUUGACAGCGUGAGUGUUAGUGAGAAGCAGGGGCCAGAGGGCAGCCCCAGUUGGAAGUAUUUGCAAGAGUGGUCCCUUGUGCAGCGGGUGCAAGAAGCGGUGCCAAGCCCCCUGGUGCAGUUCGGUGAGCGUGUCGGGCAGUGGUGGUCCCAACGGUCGCCACCAGUGGUGCAGAGAGCACUGCAAAGGGCAGAUGCGCUUUUCGCACUGCUGGUGCUUGAGAUGGGUGUCUCUGCGGUGCGCAGCGAUUACGAGGCCCAUGGGGGCAAGUGGGGCUCCUGGGUGCUGCUCUUCUUAGUGGAUUACUACUUCACUGUCGUCAACGUGCUGUUGCAGAGGGUUUUGUCCCUAGUGCCCGCUCUCAGCGGUAUCUCUUCCAAGUUGCAGAAGAACGGUGUCGCUGCAUCCUCUGAUAAACCGUUGCAACACUUGCAAGAUUUGGCACAGUCCACAGCGACCGUCGCUGGUGGGUUGCGCCGCACGGUCGAGGAGUCCUACAUCGGUCCCACGGUGGACACCGCAAGGGACACGUACCGUGACGUCCACGCUCAGUACGAGGAUAACCUCUCAAAGGCGGACAGCAGCGUCCCCAAGGCACUGUACACCACUGGUGUCAACUUGGGGGCAAAGACGCUAGGUCGUAUCGAACAACUGGGCAAGAAACUGCCCCAACGCGCAGCCAAAUGA